AAAUUUAAUGACCGCAAGGCAACAAUCUAAUUUAUGUGAGGUAGGUUUAGAUAAUCCGCUCUAUUUUCGCACCAUUUAUUCCCGCGAAAACCACUUUCCUCCUCUCAAAUAAAAUUUGUCACCGUCAUUCAUCAUUUUACCCCCGAUUCUACUAUAGGCGUAUUCAUUCUUAGUUCGAGAUUAAUGGAUAGUAAGGUAAUUACCUAAUUAGUAUUCUUAUUUAUUGUGUGUGUAUAUAUAGAUCUGAGAAUGCAGCUAUGAAGCUCAUCCCAUAAGCCUUUCUCAUACAUAUUUGCCCUGCAUAGCAGGGAAGGGACUGGGCAAAAUCACACACACACACAUAUAUAUACAUACCAAAAUGACGGGAUUCAAUCCGGCUUACGACGUCGACGUCGCCGACGAAAUCCUGCCGCCGCCGCCUCUGAACGCCGAGAAGAUGCAGAGGAAGAAGAAGAAGAGCGGCGCCUUUGGCAUAUUCAGGGCGGCGCUGAACAUUCUGCGCAAGCGCACCGGCGAAAAGGAGGCGGCGACGAUGAAGAAGGAGAAGAGCAACGGCGGCGGCGAAUGGAAGAAUAUCGUCCAGUCGAUGAGGCCGCUGCACGUGCCGGCGUCUCCGUCGCGCGGCGGAUUUGACGGAACGGCUUCACCGGCGCCGUCGUGCUCGGGUUCGUCGUGCGGAACGAUGAGCCAGUACGCAUCGGCGACGAAUCUGCGGGAUCUGUGCAACGAGGAUGAGGAAGAGCAGCGAGAUCCGGAUGAGGUGUUCGACGCGAUUGACGGAGAUGAGUUGAUCGACGCCAAGGCGGAGGAAUUCAUCUCUCGAUUUUACAAAUCGAUUCACCACCAGAACUCGAUCCACCGUCAGGAUAGGGGAGUUUAAUUAAUCAAAUUUCCAUCUGCUUUGACUUGUGUUGGAGGCGAGCAUUCAGUAGAAAAGGAAUGCUUCAUUUGAUUCAUAUUUAGCACACAUAUACAUAUAUAUGUAUAUAUGUCUGUGUGUGUGUAUAACGUACACGAACUCGACGUAUACACGUAGGUAUGUGCGUGGUUUGUCCAUCACUGUAUUUCACAUGAUCGUAACAUGAAUAAACUCGUAUACACAUUACAUACUAA